AUGGAUGCAUUGGGCGACGGGGAUGCCGAAAAGAUGUGCGAAGACGGGCUCUUCCGCGCCGCUGCUGCCCCUGUGGUCAUGUCGGGAUGCGGCGCUGUGUUUGGAAGAGGCUUGGACGAUCUUGAGUCCGAGGCUGAGCGCGCCCAGGUGCGGGAGGCCUGCGCGUGCGCCUUCAGAGAACGUGAGAAGGUAAGACAGGUGGAUGUCUUCAUCAGCCACAACUGGGGAGCACGGCGAUGGGUGAAGUUUUUGGCCAUGUGCUUCUUCUUGAACCUUGGCAUGGCAGUCAAGGCGACCUUGUCCUCCGCGCUCAUUGUCGCAGCUUGUAUGCUGCUCGCGGCUGGCUCUGUGACUGGCUUGGGUGGCGAUCCUCUGGUUAUGCCUUUGCUGGGCUACUUGCCCAUGUCCAUCUUUUUCCUCGUAUUCUUCUUUGGCCAAACGAUAACAGGCGGGCGCUGGUCGCCAACUCUGUGGCUAGACAAGUUAUGUGUUCUGCAGACCGACGAGUGCAUGAAAGCCAAAGCUAUUUCCGCCUUCCCAGUGUUCCUUGCUCAUUCCAAGCAGAUGCUCGUCCUUUGGGAUGAUGAUUACUUUGAGCGAAUGUGGUGCAAUUUGGAGCUAGCUACCUUCACCGGAUUCUCUGCGCAACGAACUCAGAAAGUUGAGUUCGUCCCGAUGUGGUUAGCACCCUGGCUGCUGGCAUUUAUCCUCACGGACUUAGUGAGCGUUUCCGCCCUGCGAGUCAUCUCGAACAUCAUCUCGGAACCCUCUGUCGUUUCUGAAGGCUUUGCCGCCUGCGACUACCUGUUGAUGCACACCCUCGGCACUGAUUCUGCCGAAGCGCAUUUUUUCGUGUACUAUGUGAUGAUAUGCGUCGUGAGCUGUGUCUCGUAUUACCUCACAGCCAUCCCUGCAGUCGUUGCUGUUCUCAGCAAGAUGAGAAAGCACAGCUUCAUGCUGGAACAAAUGGCUGAUUUCGAUAUCCGGGCGGCCAAAUGCACCUUAGAAUCGGAUCGACGUCUCGUUGAGAAGCGGAUUGGUGAGCUGCUCGCGCGUCAAAAAGCUGCCGUAAUAGACAAUGGAAGUGGUGGCUUGAACACAUGUUUAAUGAUGGACCAGAAUAUGGAGCCACUCGAUUGCUUCAAUGCUUACGUGAGGGGCCCCCUCAAGCAGGCGGUGCUUGAGAAGAUCGGGGAUGGCAUGCAUGUGCCUUAUCAUCUUUGCUUGGUGGCAUCCCUUCCCAUGGCGCUGUUCUCUCUGGUGGACCUGCUGAGCUGCAGUGACGUUUCCUGCCAAAUGCAAGCACACGAGCUGGAUCUGUCUGUGCAGGGAUACAUGGGAGGUCUCGCCAGCUUCUGGCUCUUGAACGACCUGAUGAUAUACCCAAUUGCACAACCGAUCUUGUUUCGUGUGCUCAGCCGCGUUUGCUGUGCUUGGGAGCGCCUGUCUACCAGAAUCACGCUCGGACUCCUCACUGCCAUCAUCUUGUACACAUACAUCUUCCUCUGCAGUGGGGUGCUGCUCGCUCUGAUCGUGGUUUCUUCGCAAACCCUUCGAAGCUGCUGGCUGGUUCCACUGCUGCUCUUCAUCCUUUUCUUGGUCUGCCAGCUGUGGGUGACUUUCCGUGUGCCCAGCCCUGCAAACCGACAAGAACCUGUCCCUGGCAGCGAGUGA